UACUGUCCCUGAUGUUUUACUAAACUCGUUUGCCAUUUCCCCACUUGGCUGGAACACAGCAGUCUCGGCUGGAAGGAAGACCUCACUCCCUAUAGACGGCAAGAGACUUCAACGGGGGGAAAAGAGAGGGGAGACAUGGCAGCCUUGGUGCUGCUCUGUCUGCUGUCAGUGCUGCCAUGCUCCACAGCAACACUAAUGAGAUCUCCACUUGAGGAGCAAUUUCUACACUCCCUGAAUCAAAAGGAUAUGGUGUUUUAUUUUGGUGUUGGUUCUGCUGCCUCAGUGCCUGAGUUUCAGCUCUUCUGGGCCAACUGUACCACCAUGGACCACCUCACUGGCCCCCGGCCAUGCUCCUCUGAGGCCCAUGGGAAGCGCUUUUUGCUUGGACCUGGGGUGAAGAAUUUGUCCCUCCCCUGUCGGUACUCAGUAGAGACAGCCCUAAACACCAUUGUCACAAGGAAAAUUAAUUCCAUGUCUUGUCAGCAGGGAAACGUUCUUAAUCCGCCUUUAGUUAGAAGAUUUCUUACCGUCUGUGCUGGGAAAAUCAAAGGCAUGGUGGUUGCAGGGGCCGAGACACUAUACAUUCAGCCAGUGCUCCAUCAGCACAUGUAUCUGACUGAAGCCAGGAGAACUGCCAGCCCAGGAACACCCCACCUGGUGUUCCACCAGUCCUUUAAUGCCAAAAGCCACCCCAGACACUCUCACAUGAAGAGGUUGCCUCGCAGUCGGUCGGCCAUGAUGCCCGAGGUGUCCCACCUAGAGCUACUAGUGGUAGUGGGGCCUGACGUCCAGCUGAUCCAUAGACAGGACACAGAGAGAUACAUCCUCACCAACCUCAACAUUGCCUCAGAGCUUCUGAGGGACACGACGCUGGGUGCCAACAUAAGAGUGCAUCUGGUCCGCAUGAUCAUCCUCACAGAGGAUGUCACAGAGACGGAGGUCAACAUCUCCACCAACAUCUCCUCAUCCCUGAGGAGUGUGUGUGAUUGGGCCAGAAGAGUCAACCCGACUAACGACACAGACCCCUUGCAUGCUGACCUUGUGCUGUACAUAACAAGAUUUGACCUUGAGCUGCCAAAUGGAAACAAGCAGGUGAGGGGUGUGGCCCAGCUAGGCGGGGCUUGCUCUAGCCAGUGGAGCUGUGUGAUCACAGAGGACACAGGUUUUGAUCUGGGCAUCACAAUCGCUCAUGAGAUAGGCCACAGUUUUGGUAUAAACCACGAUGGGAUGGGCAACACGUGCAGCAGCAGUGGCUUUAUGAUGGCCUCUGAUGGAGGCUACAACAGUGUGGAUCUGACCUGGUCUCCGUGCAGUAGACAGCAGCUGCAGACAUUCUUCAGUGAAGGCAAUGCUGACUGUCUGAAAGACUUGCCCAUUCUGGGAGGAUCUCUGCAAGACUGGAAGCCAGGCCUUUACUAUGGAGUGGAUGACCAGUGUCGCAUAGCGUUUGGGAGCACUGCCAGAGCCUGCUCUUUCACCAACACUGACCUGCCUGUAUGCCGUGUUCUUUCCUGCCACAUCAAACCGGGGGACAACCGUGUCUGCAAACGCCUGCUGGUGCCUCUGUUGGAUGGGACAGAAUGUGCACCCAACCAGUGGUGCCUAAAGGGUCGCUGCGUGUCCCCAAACCAGUUCAGUCCUUCUUCCUCUGUGGUGGUGCAUGGCUCCUGGUCCAGCUGGUCCCAGUUCUCCCCCUGCUCACGGACAUGUGGCGGUGGCAUCACCUCGCGGACCAGGCAAUGCAACAACCCUCGACCUGCAUUUGGUGGGAAUGAUUGCAAGGGUAGAGAUUUGGAGGCUGAACUUUGUCACCGGCAGCUGUGUGAGAAGACCCAGCUGGCCUUCAUGGCAGAGCAGUGCUCAAAGACGGAUUUCCAACCCCUGUACCUGUCCCCCAAAAAGGCCUCUUUCUACAGCUGGAUCCCCGCUGUGGGCUUUGACACAGGGGAAGAACAGUGCAGGUACAUCUGCCAGUCUGAGGGAGAAAACUUCAUUGUGAGUCGUGGCUCUCAGUUUGUGGAUGGGACUCGGUGCGAACCCAACACUCCAGCUUCCCUCGGCUCCACUACAGCUUGUCUUGGAGGGACGUGCCAGGUGUUUGGCUGUGAUGGAGUGUUGCAGUCUGGGAAGGUGGAGGAUGUGUGUGGGAUAUGUGGAGGAGAUGGCUCCUCCUGCAGUCUCACCACUAAGUCUUACAGUGGAGGUCAGGCCAGAGAGUAUGUCACAUUCCUGACCCUGCCAGUGAAUGCUACUCAGGUUCAAAUUGUCAACAUGGCACCUGUCUUCACUCAUCUUGCUGUGUUGGUUGAAGAUCAAUAUGUUGUGUCUGGAAGUGGCAGCAUCGCAUUAAACCUCACUCACCCCUCUCCUCUGGAGGAUGGUCAUCUGAUUUAUCGGCUCUAUCUUACCCCUGACCUCCUACCUCUCAUGGAGGAACUACUGCUGCCUGGACCUGUUACAAAGGAAACACACAUACAGGUCUAUCGGAAAUAUGGAAAAGAAUUUGGAGAGCAAACUAGUCCAAACAUCACAUACAAAUUAUACACACCCAUCAGCAAUAAUGUUCUUACACAACAGAUGCCCAGGGGCAAGUGGAAUGUUGUUACAACCUCCUGCUCAGUCACCUGUGGCUCAGGCAUACAGAAACCUGUGUAUGUUUGUGUGGACGAAGGCACUAAGGAACAUCUGGAGGACUUAUACUGUGACUCAGUUCCCAGUCCCCUUCCUCAACAGGCAGCCUGUCACCUUUCCGCUUGUCCACCCAGCUGGGAGACGGGAGAGUUUGGGCCCUGCAGUGCUUCGUGUGGUGGUGGAGAGGCACUACGUCCUGUGAGAUGUGUCCAGAGGCAAGGAGCUGGAAUCCAACAGGUGCCGGCUUCUCAGUGUUCAAAAGACUCAGCUCCACAGUCAGUGGAUAGAUGCAACCUUCAACCCUGCCCCACAAGGUGGACUGCGUCAGAACUCGGGGUGUGUUCAGCGGUCUGUGGGCCAGGAGAGGCCAAACGUGUUGUGACAUGUGUGCGGUCCGAAGGGGGUCGCGAUGUUGCGGUCGACCACAGCUUGUGUUCUGGGCUCUUCAAACCCCCCGUGUCGGUGGCCUGCGUGGUGGAUGUCUGUCCCAUCGGAUGGGAGUCCAACAGAGAGGAUCCACUAAUAAUCAACAACUCCCCUGAUCUGAGCUCCACAAGCCGCGCAGUGUACGUGUGGAGUCCUGUGAUUGGCCGAUGCUCGAAGACCUGUGGGAAUGGAACCCUGCACGUGUGGUUCUCUUGCAUGGAGCACUACAGCAUGCUGGGGGUGCCUGAGGUUCUCUGUGAUGCGUCCAGGAAACCGCUGCCACGCACGGAACCCUGCAACCCUUUCCCAUGCCCUCCUACGUGGCGCUACAAGCAGGGAGGGUGCAGUGUGUCGUGCGGUGGAGGCUUGGCCCACAGGGUUCUCUACUGCUCCCAGGAGACCAUGGGACAGGAGGAAGAGGUUGCAGACAGUACAGAGUGUAUGAACGUGACCAAACCCAUAGCGCUGGUCACGUGCAACUCCUUCAGCUGUCCAGCCAGGUGGAAAGUGCUGGGGACGGCGGCCUGUUCUGUCUCUUGCGACCUGGGGGUAGCCAGGAGGCAUAUAGCCUGUGUUGAGUCAAUCCACGGACUGGACAGCGAGGUCUCUGAGGAGAGGUGCCCUCCAGCCGUUAAGCCUGCCACCACGGUGCCAUGUCUGGCGCAGGCGUGCACCGUAAAAUGGGACGUUAAAGACUGGAGUCCGUGUUCUGUGUCCUGUGGGUAUGGGGUCCAGUCCAGAGCAGUGUCUUGCAUGGGACCCAUCAAGCCGGAGCCCCUCAGCCCACUACACUGCAUGCACAUGGCUAAGCCCAUCACUAUCCGGGGCUGCCAGAUGGGUGACUGCGGGCUCAUGAGGAAGACUACACUCCACACCCACUACUACAGUGCCAAUGGGCCCUCACUUGAGAGCAGGGACCAGGGCAUGGAGGUCACUCCCAUGGUGGAGUCUCCACCUGUCAGCCUGACCCAGACACCUUCCACUGUAACAGAGAUGACCACCCCACAGACUGACAAAGCCACGCCCACCUCCACCCCAAAAACCAGUCCAUGUGGACAGCUUCUGCUAGAAGAGUCUGGCACAGUGGACUUGAGACAUGAGAUAGGUCGCUGCAUCCUGUCUAUAGGCCGGCCCCUGGAUGAGGUCAUCUACAUCAAAGUAGAGUCCAGCUCCUUAAGCUGCAAAACAAGGGAGUAUGUGGCGUUCUAUGAUCGACUGGUACUGGUCAGGAAGUGUGGGCAGUUAAAGGACACUGAACUGACCUCCAGGACUAAUGUGCUGCUGGUAAGGCAGAAUCUCCUAUCACCAGGAAAUGGAGCACUGCUCACUUACAGCAGUCAGAAGAACACCAAGAAAAAUCAUUAUCAGGACUGUGAUGUCCAGCUGUUCGCUCCCAGUGGGGUCAUUGUGAAUCCAAUAGUGACUUCACAGGUGGACAGUCAUACGUGCCGGGUGUUCAUCAAUGCCCCUCCUUCAGUAAAGAUCAGGAUCCAGGCUCUGAGCAUUGGCCCUUUCGUCAACAACACAGAAGUCCAGUCCACUUUUAUUAUGAUACGGGAUGUGGAUGUUUUGAAAACCACAGUGUUCAAGGGCCAACAGCUUUUUCACUGGCAAUCUGCUGGAAAUAUGGCGGAGAUUGAAUUCCAUGGCGAGUACCUGCAAAGCAACAGAAGUUUCCAAGCUAAUUACUCAUUUAUAGAGACUUGAUCCGUGGCUUGCCUUUCUGUACUUCUGUAAUUAACUAGACAGGGAUUUUAAGGACAAUGUAACAAAAAAAAUUCCCCUGGAGUUUUUCCUUAGUUUAAGAAUUGUUGUUAGAUUUUGUAACAUGAAAAUAAAUACUCAAGGUAUAAAAAAUAA